UUUCCCAAGCGUGAGAAAGAUUCAACUUUUCUUGAUAACCUUUACCUUUCUCACCAAAUCUGCUCUUCCAAACGAGCUACCUAUGAGGCAUUCUUGUUUCUUUUAGGAUUCUAUCCAAAGAAGAAAACAGAAGAAAAAAAACAAUGGCUAUUGACACCGACAGCUGAAUUUCUCUCCAUUGUAAUAGUGAAUGUGAUAACUGAUGCCAUUUAACUUGAGGAUAUAGGAGUAAUCCGUAAAAGCCAUUGUUUUGCAUAUUUGGCAUGCAUUUACGCAUAAAAGAUUUACCCUAUUGUUUAAUCUCCCCAUUCGACGUGAAGAUGAGGAACGAAAAUAAAGCAAGGAAAUAAGAAAGAGUAUAAAGAAAGAAAAAGGGAUGGGAAAAGAAGACCUGCAGAUAGCUAGCUGCCUGAUGCAAGAAACUUUUUAUCACUUAGCUUGGCUUCUUUAGAAAACACAAAGAAAUCUGGUUAGGGAGAGGGGUGCUUUUGAUUAGGUAAAAAUGCCAAGGAAACUUGCGGAUGACGAGAUGGUCACUCGCAUUUGCAGCUCACUGAGAGAGAAGCAGACGCGAAUGGCCAAUCCGGAUGCAGUUCUGAUGGAGAGCAUGGAUCGGUUUGUACAAGAAUUCAGGUUUUUGUUCAUCUUUCUCAGUUAUACUCGAGCAUGGAGUGAUGCCCACAAGGUUGUCCCAAAUCUGGAUCAGCUGGUCCCCAGAAUUGCAGCUGCAAUAAAAGAAUGCAGGAAAAUCCUUCAUUAUGCAUUUGCAGAUAAUUACAGAGGAGAGUAUUAUUUAUUUUAUGAAUCCACAUGUGGUUGGAAGGACUGUUGGAGAGGCGUUGGAGAUUGCCUUCGGAUGGACUAUUGCCCGAGGGAGCCUUGGUCACUGUUAGAUGUAUUUGCCAGUUUGAACGAGCAGAUUGAGAUGUUGAAGCAGGAAAUCAGGAAUGCAUACUAUGAACAUUUGUCUUCCCAUGCUUUUCAUUGUCAACCAGCUUCAUCCUGGACGGGUGACUACAGGGAUGACUUUUGCUCAUCCAUAAGAUGGAGUCUGCAAUUACUCUCAGAAAAACUUGAUUUGGUUGUUGAUACUCUGAGGAAGCAGAUGAAAGCCUUAAAUGGGAGUCUAUACUCUUUGAAAUUUUUUAUCCAGCACCCAUGUAAUGAUUGGUAUCAUGGGAAAGUACACAUGAUGGCUCGUUUUGGACAAGUGGCUGUCCGCACAGCACAUGUUUGUUGUCUGUGCUGGUCUGUUGCAGAAAUGGAUUUAAACAUGGAAAAGGAUGUGGCAAGUUUGCUGUCCGAUCUGCAACAGAAGGUCGAUCUUGCUUCUCCAGAGUUCCUAGGGUUGAUUCUAGAGUUCCUAGAAGAGGAAGAAUGUCGACUUACUUUUCUAGAUCUCAUGCUUGAUGUGAAAAAUGGGCUUGUUCUUCAUGAUGAUUUGUUACCCUUGAUAUAUUGUGUUGUCAAAAUACCAAAGAUGGAUAACAUGGAUGUCCAAAAGUUUUCAAUAAGUAUUAAGGCUGUGAUUGUGGAGGUCUCAAAUCUCAGGCAAAAGUGCAACACAAUCUCUAUAAUUGAUUUUGUGAGUUUGUUUGCCAGGGUUUGGAUUUUAAAUGCUGAAAUAUUCCUCACGGAGCAACAGAUUGCAGUAACUCUCCUCGCUCUCUCUCUGGAGGAUUAUAUCACAGAUUCACAGCCCUUCAGAAAGGGUUGAGCCUUCUGUUGAAAUCCUUCACUCAAACAAGGAAGAAGACAGAAGAACAGAUCUUUGCGCUCGUGGACGACAUGCCUAGGCAGAUCGAAGCUCUCUAUCGAUCCUCUUCGGCUGAGGACUUCAUAGGAAACAAGGUAAGAGAUGCACUUUACAAGUUUCUUGUGAAUGCUAUGCUUUUCAAGGCAAAGGCACUUGUACUGAAGCUGUUGGACAGUGAUGCAAGUUUGAUAGUCCCCAUGAAGCGCCAGAUUGGAACUCUUCACGAGGCACUAGUAUUUUUGAUAGAAUCAACCCUCAAUCAGCCAAAGGAAAAUGAGGAGGAUGAGAAGCAGAUCUUGACAUAUAUUGAAGCAGUUGCUGCUAGAGUUAUCUCUCUCUGUAAUUCAUUUUCAGCUGAUCAAACCACAGAAGAAGCAGUUACGAAAAUGGACUUUUGGCUUUCUGAUUCGCUAGAAAUAAUUCAGCUUUUGACUCCAAAGUUCAAAGAGCUUUAUCUUCAAAUUCCCAGGUUACAUUUCCCCAAGACUCCUCAACUUGGCUUCGUUGAAUUUCUUUUGCAAAAGCUAAGACAGCUGCUAAGGCAAAAGCUUGAUUCAGUUCAGCAUGUAAUCCAUCAAAUUGAAUCCAUCCAUGAGGAUUUGGAGAUCUUGAUGUCUUUCUUUAGGCACUCUUUGAAUCAGGGAAUUGGUCAUUAGGAACAUGAAGAUCUUCGUACACAUCUUAUUGUUCUGGCAUAUGAGGCAGAAUGUGUCAUUGACUCAAUUGUGAUUGGGGGUUCUGCUGAAUGGAACCAUUUACCGUGGCUUUAUCAUGUUUCACAAGAGAUUAGACAUAUGAAGAUGCAGGUCAUAGAUCUUCAUGAGAAGGAGAGCUGUGACGUUGGUAAUUGCAUUGCCCCCCAGACAUUAUGGCCUUCAUUACCACAGGCUAGUAUCACAAACAUUGAGGAAGGGGUGGUGGUUCUAAAUGAUCAGCAACAAGUUCUAAUCGAUAAACUUACCAGAGGAUCGUCGCGGAGAGAUGUUGUGUCCAUAGUUGGAAUGCCAGGAAUUGGCAAGACCACUUUGGCUUUCAAAGUGUAUAAUGAUCCUGAAGUUGUUUGCUACUUCCAUAUUCGUGCAUGGUGUCGUGUUUCACAAGCAUACAGUAGAAGAAGUUUGUUGCUCGAUAUUCUAAGACACAUUAUUGAGCUUAAUGAUACUAUCCUUGCCAUGAGCAAUGAAGGUUUGGACUUGGUGCUGUAUAAACAUUUGAAGAAAAAUCGUUAUCUCAUCUUUAUGGAUGAUAUGUGGAGCAUUAGGGCAUGGGAUGACUUCAAGAUCUCAUUUCCAGAUGAUGGAAAUGGAAGUAGGAUUCUGAUGACAAGUCGUCUUUGCGAUGUGGUCUCAAAAGUAACACCUGAAUGCAAUCUUCUUAGUCUUCGUCUACUCUCUGAUGAUGAAAGCUGGGAGUUACUAAAGUUGAAGAUAUUUCAUCAGGAAAGCUAUCCUGAAGAACUAUUUGAAGUUGGAACAGAAAUUGCUAGAAAUUGCAAGGGACUUCCACUUUCUGUUGUUGCAAUAGCCGGUAUUCUUAACAGUACAAGCAAGGAAUAUGAAUCGUGGAAACAAAUUGCAGAAAGCUUAGACUCAUUGAUAGUUGGUGAUCAACAAACUCGCUGCAUGGACAUCUUAGAACUGAGUUACAAGAAUUUGCCAGGUGAUUUGAAAGCAUGUUUCCUUUACUUUACAGCGUUGGAAGAGGACAAGGAGAUUUCUGUUUCUAAAUUGAUAAGGCUAUGGAUGGCCGAAGGGUUUAUACAGAAAGAAGCUUCGAACAGCUUAGAGGGUCUUGCCAAGGAUUACCUGAUGGAUUUGAUCGGUAGAAGCUUGAUAAUUGUUACCAAAAGAAGAUCAAUGAGGGGGUCAAAGCAUGUCGGGUUCACGACAUUGUGCGUUGCUUGUGCUUGUUAAAAUCUAAAGAGGAAAACUUCUCGGAGCUGGUAAGUGGUAACCAGUAUGGAUGGACCUUAAGCUUCUUUUGAUGGUAGUAUGGAUUUUGAUGAUUUUGAUCCUUCAGAUUCCAUGACAUACGAGAAAUAUCGAUUAUGUGUUCAUGCAAGUCGAAAGCACUUUUUUAUGUCAAGGCCUUCUGGUCCAGAUGUUCGUUCUCUGCUGUUUUAUGCCACCACUGAUACAUACCCAAGAUGCCCUUAUGAUAUUUUGUUCAUUUCUAAAAACUUUAAGCUUCUUAAGGUGCUGGAUUGGGAAUGUGUCAACAUGGGUACUUCCUUUGCCAAUGGAAUAGAGUUACUUGUUCAGUUGCAUUAUCUGGCAGUUGGUGGUGAUAUAGACUCUAUUCCCUCAUCAUUAGCCAACUUACAGAAUCUGGAAACGUUUCUUGUGAAGGGACUGAAAGGUAAGGUCACUAUACCGGAUAGCAUUUGGACCAUGACUAGCCUGAGGCAUCUUCAUGUAGAAAACCAUGCUACCUUCGCAUUGCAAGAUGGCAAGAUUGGAAGUUCCUGUGAAUUAAGUAACUUGGUUUCGCUUUCCUCACCAUCUCUUUCUUAUAGGGAACAUGCAGAGGAAAUAUUAAGGGGUUGCCCAAUCUUCAAAAAUUAAGUUGUAUUUUUUCAAAAUCAUGGGAUAAUUCCAAGAAGUGCAACCAAUUUCCAAGGUUGGAGGAUAUGACUCAUUUGGAGUCACUCAAGAUAUCAUACAUCGGUAGGAGUGUUAGUAGUGGCGAAUUUUGCUUCCCCUUGAGUCUUAGAAAGUUGACUUUAUCAACUUUCUUCUUGCGGUGGGAUCACAUUUCGACAAUUGGCUGUCUGGAAAACCUCGAGGUUCUAAAGUUACUUUCUAUAACUUUUGAGAGCACGCAAUGGGAGAUGCAAGAUGGAGAAUUCCCUGAACUCAAAUUCUUGAAAUUACAUAACUCAAACAUUGUUGACUGGAAUGCCUCCUGUGACCAUUUGCCUAAUCUUCAGAAGUUAGUGCUGCAGAAAUGUGAUAAUCUCAGGGAGGUUCCUAUCGAUUUUGUGGACAUAACUACCUUGCAAGUAAUUGAAGUGCAGCGGUGUGGAGAUUCUGUUGAAGAAUCGGUCAGAAGACUCAAGGAGGAGGAGCAAAUACGAUAUGGAACUGAGCAUUUGAAGGUCCUUAUCCACCAUUAAAAGGGGGUUUCAGAUCAUUAAGAGGUCCUUGUCCAUCAUUAUUAGUGGAUAUGGAGCUUUAUAUCCAUCUGGUGCUAUGCAUCCUAUUAUCAUGUGAAAAACAACUUACAAUGGCCUUAGAAGAUCUUGGAAAAGAGUGGGCAAAACUUGGAUGACAAUUUACAGUUCUGGUGUUGUUGAUUCUCUUGCACUUGGAUGACAAUUUCUCCCAUAUUUGGGUGAAGAACAAUUUACAAUGGUCUCCCAACAUCCGGGAAAAGGAUGGGCAAACUUGUAUCAGGCAGUUCUGACAAUUUCUCUCACGUUUCGAUAUUCUGCAUUUCAGUUUCCCUUGUAGCUUGAAACAUAUCUACAUUAUAACACAUUUCGGUUAAAUUUUUCUUGUCUGAUCUUUGGAUGAGACUCUUUAUAUGCACUGCCAACGUUACCUAUGUGUUUACAACAUGAAGUCGAUACAGGCUUGAAUGUCAGAAUGAUGGUAUUAUUGUGAAACAGCUGCAAAAGUUUCUUGUUAUCCAAUCCUUUUGCAAUUGCAGGCUGUAGGUUUCCUGCUUUCAAGUCCUUUGGUAGGGUCUGAUGAUGUUUGCCAGAAAGUUUGAUGUAGAAAAUGAUGUAUUAAAGAUACUUUUACCAAAUGGUAGGAUUCAACUAGUUGCCAA